AUGGCAACAAGAAGAAUCACCACGCAGGAGAAGACUGUACUCGACCAAGAUGAGACACGUGAACAGAGCAGCGAUGUUACUCCCGCCAUCGCGCCAGCAACGAUCGCCAAACUGCUGUUCUUCACCUUUGCUAUGAUCACGGUACCGCUCGGAAGCUACUUCUUAAGCGUGAGGACAUUCUUCAGGGGAAACUCUACUUACGCCGGCGCCCUUGCAGCACUGAUGGCCAACGUCGUACUAAUUGGCUACGUCAUCGUCGCCUUCCAGGACGACAAAAGCGAACGGGAAGCGGACGCAGCGGCGCAAGCCAAGAAAGCACGAUGA